AAGGAGGGAGAAGUGAUAUAUAAGAGCUGAACGAGUAUUUUAGCCUGAUUGUCGCCUCUCCACUUCCUAGUAUCUUUCUAAGCAAGAAGAAGACGAUGAAGGGUCGUCUAGUUCGUUGCGCGAUCUUAUUGAUGAUAUGCGUGUUAGCGCACGCUGCGCAUUUGCCAGACAGCUGCUCGUUUGAAAAUGAAACUCUAAGUGUGGGUCAACAUACUCGUCGAUGUUUAAAGAUCACUUGUCACGCAGGAAGUGAAAUAUCAAUACUCGGAUGUCCCUUAGCCCGUUGUCCGGAAGGAAAGCAAGUGGGUUAUCGCGACACGGACUUCAGCAAACCUUAUCCAGAUUGCUGCGGAGGACCGAUUUGUAAGGAAGAAAAGUCCUAAAGGAAUUAGGACACUUUAUACUAAAAAAAAUUAAAAAAAAAAAAUGAAGUAAAAGUAUCCCUGUCGUCUGAAUCUAAGAUGUUAGAUCCACCUCUUUUUUCACUUGCCUGUUAUUUAUCGAAACUGGAUAGAAAUCGAGAUGUCUUACGCACGCGAUAACGCCAGAACCGAAUUUAUCUACUUGCAUCCUGGUGCCUCUCGUCGCUCAUACUAUUUUUAGUUUGCAUCACCGUCGCAUUUCACGAUUCUUUACGUACGAUUCUUGCGCGCGACGAGAAACGCAAAAACAUUCUCCUUUAUUCAUUUAUAUAUUCCGCAAAUCUGAAUAAAAAAUUUCUAAAACAGCA